AUUUAAACACCAUCUAUGAAUUAUUAUGGAGUCGUACGCGCAAUAUCGUGAUUUGCUAUCAAACAGGUCAAAGUUGGCGGUAUUUGAUAAUUGAUUGGCGAACUUAUUUUGCGGAUCUCGAACAAAAUGCCAGAAAACGUGUUAAACGGAGAUCAUGUCGACGCGAAGAGCGCUAAUUGUGAAACACAAGACAACGAGGAAGAGACUAACGAAAGUGACAUACAUUUUGAGCCAAUUAUUUCAUUACCUUUAGUAGAAGUAUCCAGCAAUGAAGAGGAUGAAGUUGAAAUGAUACGAAUGAGAGCAAAAUUGUAUCGUUAUGAUUCAUCCAACAACCCUGCUGAAUGGAAAGAACGUGGGACUGGAGAAGUAAAAUUGUUAAGACACAAAAUAAAAAAUACAGUGAGAGUUGUAAUGCGUAGAGAUAAGACGUUUAAAAUUUGUGCUAAUCAUUUUGUAACACCCUGGAUGGAAUUAAAGCCAAAUUGUGGUAGCGAUAGAGCAUGGGUAUGGAGCGUACUCGCUGAUUACGCGGAUGAACAGCUUAAGCCAGAGUUCCUUGCUAUACGGUUUGCAAAUGCAGAAAAUGCAUCGGUUUGGAAAGAAGCAUUUGAAAAAGCAAAGAAAAUAGUAAGCUCAGAGUGCGAGAUCUAUGCUGGGAAAAAUAACAUGGUUGAAAAACACAUUGAAAGUGAUAGUGAACCUUCUAGUGAUGUAAGUUAUAGUGAAAGUACCGACAACGAAGAUCAAGGAAAAAAACAGGUGGGAGGAGGAAGUUUAAAGAUUGAAAAUAAUGAAAUUGAGAAACUGGAAGAAUCUCUGAAGCAAAUAAAAAAUGAAGAAAGUAUGGAAAAGGUAUCCAAGGAACUCGAACAAUUAGAAGUUAAGGAUGUAGAGGGAAAAAAGUAAAUUAUAUUCUGGUAAAACAGAUGUUACUUAUAAUUCUACAUUCCGAUGUAAACAUACACGCAUGCAUACAUUUAAGUAUUUGAGCAUCGAACAUAACAUAGGAAAAUUUGUUAGCAAUAACGUUAAUAGACAGGUGACAUAAAUUUUCGAUUUAUGAAUAAGACAAUAUUUAUACGAA